UAUCCAGCGAGCUCACCCACAAGACCGGGAGCGUAACUGAUAGAAAAUGUAUGGCUAUCGAGGACAAUGUGCAGCGGUUGGCGACUAUGUGCAGUCAGGCCAUAGUGGUGCUGAAGUCAAACGAGACGGACGUGCACGGGGUCACUCCUACCGAGGGCACUCAGUUGGCAAAACAUCGCCAACUCGUACUGUUGAUACUCAGGACAUACUUAGCGGAUACCAUGGCACGGUUUGAGGUGCUGCAGAGUGAGCGGGCCAAGGUCGUGCAAGAACGCGCCAGGCUGUCGUCGCACACGGUCAAGAGGACCAGCGGAUUGACGGAUGAUAGUCUAAAUAUCGAAGAGUUGUACGGCAACAGGGACGAAGGGCUUGAACUGAGUCUCACCGCAGCCGAAAAAGUGGUCAUCGAAGCGGAAAACAAAACCCUGCUCGACGAGAUGAACACACUGGUCAGUGCCGCCAUGGAGGCUCAGAAAAGGAUGUUAGAGAUCGCCAAGCUGCAACAGGUGUUCACACGCAACGUGCAAGAGCAGGCGGAAGACCUCGACCUACUAUACGACACGGCCGUAGACACCACGGAAAAUAUAACCGCCGGCAACGAGCUUUUACACAAGGCAGUGAAUGACGGGUUUGAUUUCCGCGUGUGGGUGUUGUUCUUCCUACUGAUGUGUUCGUUCUCACUAUUAUUCCUGGAUUGGUACGGUUGAGAUGGAGAGGUGCAUGUGUGGGAUGCUUGUAUCGUGUAACGGCCGGUACCCAUCAACGGCACAAUGACUGUGAAUGACGGGGUUGACUUCCGCGUGGGGGUGUUAUUCUUUCUGCAGAUGUGUUCGUUCUCGCUGUUGGUCCUGGACUGGCGCGGUUGAGAGUGAAGGAUGGUGUGUUGGAUGAAUGUAUCACGCCAACAUGUGCUACCCCCCCCCACACACUCACACCAGUACCCAACACUAUUGGGCAGCCUGCUAUGCAACCGCAGAUUGUAAGGCUGUAAAGUACAGAGUAUAUCAAUCAGUAGUUUAGCACUAGGUCAAUCUGAGGACACUCACGUGCUUUCUAAAGUAAAACCAGCGCAGUUAGGAGCCGGGACAACCAAAAACCACAUAGUACAGCCUCAGUCGGUUCAGAGUGGGGCCGGGUGAUAUGCGACAGCUAAGUGUGCGGGCGUGUCAAGAUAUGGUAUACAGGGGAAUGAUGGGAUACAUUGCAGAGCCAAAGUACGCCUAGUUCUCUAGCACCGUACAUGCAUGCAUGUAUUACCAUGCACAUACAUGCAAUGAUACGUUUAAUAGCGCAUCAAGGCUGUGACGAGCUGCGGUGAGGUGGGUAUCGACAGUUCGUAUACUCAGGCCACUCUGAUGUAGCCAAGGUAGCAGGGUCGCCCUUUUCCGAAAUAAAGUGCAUACAGCCAUACCUAUAUCUCUCCGGUGAUAGAAUCCCGGCUUUCUGGAAUUGGGGUAUAUAGAGGCAAGUGAAAACUCCAAUACGGGACAAUUCAGGUCGAAGAAUUUGGUCUCUUUCCGAUCGAACCCAUUUUUCAUCACAGGGGGGUUGGUUUACUUGAUCGGUGUCGUGCACUGAUGUGUGGCUUAAAAGUGGGGAAGGGUGCUACUUGCUUUCAAGGCGAAAUGUACCGGUUUGCUAGUCUGUGUGAUGUCUUGGGGCCGGCUGUUAAGCUACCAGAGAGGUGCAACUGACUGGACCCAACCAGGGCUACCACUCCUAUUGUACCCAACCAGGGCUACCGCUCCUAUUGUACGGGUCGAAGACGACUGCACAAGCGGGGUAUGAUUGGGCGGGCUAGUGCAUACUAUCGCUUCACACUAUUGUGCGGGAGUCGUAUUAUUCUGCACGACAGUGCAGAAAAAGAAAGCCGAAAUUGGAUUAUAUAUGGAUCCAGCGAAAUAAUUAGGUUUGCCUCAAACUAUCCUCGAUUACUGCCUUUGCCCCGAGUUGGGAGCUUGGCCUUGGUGGGUAUAGACAAAGGCACGCAAGAUGGUGCUCUAGAGCGGCUCUGGAGCGUCUGUGCUGGGUGUGGCUGAUCCACGCCGACUUGUAACUCGGAAGAGUAUGAGCUUAUGUGACAAGAAAUAAACCGGAGUACGUAUAGUAAAACCUUCAAUAUAUUCAGGUGAUACGGCAUUCAAAUGCUGUGUACGACAUAUAAUGUUGUU